CUUGUCAUUAUCAUCAAAUUCGAAUGGAAGGCGAAAAAGGCGUUCAGGUGGUCGUGAUGUGGUUUCAUCACCUUCUGAUUCUUCUUCCGAAAAAUAUUUAUCGGGAAAAAGAGAAAUAAGGGCUCGUUUAUGGUAA